UACGAUCUCAGCGACGGUGCUUUCUCCUAACCACUGAUCCUUCAGAACAUGUGCUCUUUACUUUUUCAGGCCACUCGGAUACUUCUGCGCUUCCCUGGAAACUCGAGUACAUUACUCUCCAAUGCAGGACGCCAUGGGCCAGACAUCGAGCGAGAUCCCAAGUGAGCCGGAUCAACCUUCAAAAUUCAAUUAUUGGAACUGCGAAGGGAUUGACAGGCUCGACGGUUUGGCAGAGCUGGUCAUCAUGUUCCGCCAAAGAACCCUUCCCCAUUGGCAAGCCAAGCAACUCGCCGAGAUCUUCCACCAAGAGUUUCCAAACUGCGUCAUACCCACUGAAGAAGGUCUGGCUAAACUUCCCACGGACGAAGUCAUGAUCGCCCUGCACCGUGCCUGGAGGCUGUUCGACGGCACAGAUCACAAAUGCAGAGAAAUCGAGCCGCACCAGGUUGCGCCCUUGAUCGAGAGGUACUGUCAGCUCUGGUCGAAGCGUGAGUUUUUCAAGGAGACACUGUCCGACUACACAGCCGCCGUGCUCCCCAUCCGUGCGGCGUAUGCCCACGCGCAAAGGGCGAGAGAUGACGGAGACAUUCUUCAGGAAUUCGCAGGUGUUCACACGACCCCGAGACAGGUACGGCUUAUUUGGGAAGAGCUCCUCAACGACAACGCGGAGGACUUUAUAGGGCCAUCAUUGCCCGUUCCCUCCGUCAUCGGGGUCCCAGGUCUGGACGAGUUCAUACCGCAGCUCAACGCUGCUGACGCGUGGGACGAGAAACCCGAUCACAUCGCUCGCAGAAUCCAUCCCAUGCGUGACUACGACAACACCAACAGCCCUUGCGGCGGCCGGGAUUGUAAGGAAAGGCAUGCGAAAGAAAGAAAGCGCAGCAUGGGUGACGAUGAGAAGAAACGAUUGGAGCGACAUUGCCGUCAUGUCCGUAUGGGCGCUCUUGGAGCCGUCGCAUUGAGCGAUCGCAAAGACCAAGUUCAAGGGAACAUCGGCAGUUAACUAAAACGAGGUCUUGUGGCAGCCCAAUUGGAGUGGUAGACAAUCCAAGGCCUGGGGCUUAACGACGUGGCCAGCAAUGGUACGUGACAAUGUCAAGGUGUAGGGUAUUCAGCUCAAAGAAAACACCACGAGAGAAAAGGGGAAGAGCGGGAUAUUUAUGCUUAGUCAGCACAUUCUCCUCAGAUCAGUUACCACGCAGUCGCGAAUCGUAAGGCGUUGUCAAUC